UGGUAGGAUAAAAAUGUAGCGAGCCGUUGCAAAGACAGAGCUGACCGACUAACUAUCUGAGCCAAUGAGCGGGCGGCGUCCCGGCGCACCAGCCAUCGCCGCCCAGUCCUUCACAACACUCAGGAGUACCACGCGGCAUCAUGGCGGGGGUAAGCUUGGCAGCCAGCGAGGAACAUGAAAUGACCAAGAUUGAGCGCAUUGGAGCUCACUCUCACAUCCGGGGCCUGGGGCUGACUGAUGACCUCACUCCCAAGGCCUCGGCGCAGGGCAUGGUGGGCCAGAUCAAGGCUCGGCGUGCAGCGGGAGUGGUGCAGAACAUGAUCAAGGAGGCCAAGCUGGCAGGGCAGGCAGUACUAAUAGCUGGCCAGCCAGGCACAGGCAAGACAGCCAUUGCCCUGGGACUUGCACAGUCUCUUGGCUCAGACACUCCUUUCACUGCUAUCUCUGCCUCAGAAAUAUACAGCCUGGGUAUGUCCAAGACUGAGGUGCUGACACAAGCCUUCAGGCGAUCCAUUGGUGUGCGCAUCAAAGAGGAGACUGAGAUCAUCGAGGGUGAGGUAGUGGAAGUGCAGAUUGACCGGCCUGCCACAGGUACCGGUGCCAAGGUGGGCAAGCUGACACUCAAGACUACAGAGAUGGAGACAAUCUAUGACCUCGGGAACAAGUUGAUAGAGUCCCUGACAAAGGAGAAGGUCCAGGCUGGUGAUGUGAUAACCAUUGACAAGGCUACAGGCAAGAUCACCAAGUUAGGUCGCUCAUUCACACGGGCUCGUGAUUAUGAUGCCACAGGACCCCAAACCAGGUUCGUUCAGUGUCCAGAAGGAGAAUUACAGAAGAGAAAGGAAGUGGUACACACUGUCACGCUGCAUGAGAUAGACGUCAUCAACAACAGAACUCAAGGCUUUCUUGCUCUCUUCUCAGGAGACACUGGUGAGAUCAAGGGAGAGGUGCGGCAGCAGAUCAACGCCAAAGUAGCAGAGUGGCGGGAGGAAGGAAAGGCAGAACUGGUCCCUGGUGUUCUCUUUGUGGAUGAGGUACACAUGUUGGACAUUGAGUGUUUCUCCUUCCUGAACCGAGCCUUAGAAGACGAUAUGGCCCCUGUGGUGAUAGUGGCCACCAACCGAGGCAUCACGCGCAUCAGAGGCACCCAGAACAUGUCCCCACACGGCAUACCCAUCGACAUGCUGGACAGAAUGAUCAUCAUUAAGACCGUUCCAUACCAGGAGAAGGAAAUCAAAGAAAUCUUAAAAAUCAGAUGUGAAGAGGAAGACUGUGAAAUUCAAGAUGAAGCGUUAGUUGUGUUGACCAAGAUUGGUGUGGAGACAUCCCUGCGAUAUGCCAUCCAAUUGAUCACGUUGGCAAAUCUUGUUGCUAUUAAGAGAAAAGAAAAACAGAUAACAAUACCAGAUGUCAAGAAAGUUUAUCAGCUUUUCAUUGAUGAACAAAGAUCCCAGAAGUUCUUGAAGGAAUAUGAGGAUGAAUUUAUGUUUGAUGAAGGAACAGAUACAAUGAUGGAAACAAGCUGAGUGGACUGGCAGAAACUACCGGGAGUGGGAGUUGGCCUGACACCAAACCUGCAUUCAUUUGUUAUCAGUUAAAGCAUACCUGAUAGUAUAUAAAAUACCAUUCUUUUUUUUCUCUCUCUCUCCACCUUACACUUCCUGCACAUGCAAGGUAACACUCAAGAAAGAAGCUGCAAAAGUCACAUCAUGCUACAUUUUUCUAAUGUAGCAGGAGAGGACUCCAUACACAGUUUAUCUUGUGAGCAAAUAUUACCUUGUUUGUGUCGAUGAAUUCUGUGUCACACAUUGACUGUUAUAGCAUUGCUGUCAGUCACUACUCUUUAGUACAGAAUUAGAUAAACAAUUACAAAUAAA